UUGUUUUAGAUGACAUCACAGCAGGUUGGGUUAUAAAAUGAAUGAAGCAGAAAGCCCAAGUUCAGUAGCUCGGCACUUCGCAGGCGGCAGGAGGGGACCUCGGGGCUCCGCUCUGAACUUUGGCUCCCGUCAGUGCCGACCUCUCCCCGGGGCUCCCCUUGGCUCCGCGCUGCCCUCCCGGUCCCCUCUUGCUCGGUUCCGCAGGAUGCAGAUCUCACCCUUGCUGGCUGGCGGACUUUUACUCGCUCUGCUCUCCGUCGGGCUGGAGGCGAAGCCGGUGUCUCAGCUCCCACAGAAGGCCUCCCGCGGCUCGGCGGCGGCGGGUCCGCCAGAGGCGGCGGCAGCGGAGCGGGAGAAGGAGCGGGAGAAGGAGCGCAGCAGCAGCAGCGGCAGCAGCGGCAGCAGCGGCGGCGGCAGCGGCGGGUCGGGCCCGCGGGAGGCGCGGGAGGCGCGGGCCGAGGCGAGAGCGCGGGCCGGCUGGGCGCGGCUGCUGCAGGACCCGCCGGGCCGCCGCCACAAGGGCCUCCACAAGAAGGGGCUGGGGAAGGGCUGCUUCGGCCUCAAGCUGGACCGCAUCGGCGCCAUGAGCGGCCUCGGAUGCUGAGGGACCCCUGGCGGGCUUUGAAUCCAUAGUCCAUUUUUUCCUACUGUGGCCAGGCAGGGCCAUUCCCCAGGCAACGCCUAGAAGAGCAGAGACACCCCCCACACCCUCCCCCCGCUCUGGAGUGGACAAAAGAUGUGGCUGUGUUUUUCUUUUUGGUACGAGGAGUCAUGGCACCAGCUGUUUUGGGUUUGUUAUUUUCUAAAGAAGUGCUCUCUAUCUUAUAUAUAUAUAUAUAUAUAUAUUAUAUAUACAAACACUCACUGAGACAAGGGACAGUGCUUUUCCAAGAGACUGAUGAAGCCAGCUGUAUAACGUUGCUGUUUGUAAAUUCAUGUCAUGCAUAAAUGUAUUUAUGUUGUAAAGCUAUUUAUAUAUUGUUUAUAAAGAGAUAUUUAUAAAAGAAAAAAGAAUUAUUUAUGUAACUAAAUGAAAACAGAAAAAAAAAAAAAAGUCAAGCAUUGUAACUUUUUUUUUUUUUUUUUUUGGUCCUAAGUAGUUGACAAACUUUAAAAAAAAAAAAUCAUCAUUUCCAUGUG